CACUCAAUGAAAAAAAUAAAACACAUGACAUAUUUAUUUAUUAUUCAAUGAUAUAUAUAACUGCCCCCUCCAUCUUUUUUUGUUUUGUUUUUCAAUUUUUGUAUUCUUGCCUUCAUAUUACACUAUGACAAUCACCUUUUAUUUUCCUCAUAAUUUUGCUUUCCAUUAUAUACUUGUAUUUCUUUUGGUACGGCAUUCUUGGCCUUCAGUCAAAAAGGGGAACAAUGUGUAGCCAAAUCUGUGGCAACAAUACAAUUACAAAUUCACAAUAAUACCCCUUUUCCAUCUUCACACCAAUUUCUUCAUUAUUCUCUUUACCACCACCACCACCAUCAUAAUCAUAAGCAUAAUCAUAAUCAUCAUCACUAUAGUUUUUUUUUUCUCCCUCCAUAUUCAAUUUUAGUGCCUUUUUUUCUUUCAUCUCUUCUCUUCACACCCCAAAUUCAAUGAACACCCAAACCAAAAAUCAACACUCACGUGCAUGACACGUGUCACAUGAGAUUUUCAUUUUCAAUCUAUUUUUCUUCAUCUUUUCAUUUCUCAUACACCUAAACAAAUCCACUUCAAACAUAUCUCAAAAAAAAAAAAAAUAUACCCUUUUGAAAACUCUUUACAAAGUUCGAAUCUUUAGCAGAAAAUAAGAAGACCCAGAAAAACCGUUACUCCAAUGCGACAACGACAACCUAUGAUUCUGUAGUUUCAGCUUCUGUGAUCGUUCAACUUCAACAAUGGGAGGUUGCACUUCAAAGCCACAUAAACCAAACCCAUAUGCGCUUAGAGAAACAGAAACUGACCCAACACAAAUCCCAAAAACCCCACUAAGUCCCGACGGUGAAAACCAUCGUCGGAAAGAUGACGUCAUCGCCGGAAAAAAGUCUCCGUUUUUUCCUUUUUACAGUCCAAGUCCAGCUCGCUUCCUGAAGAAGUCUCCGUCGACGACUCCUAGCCGGAGUACUAGCUCGACGCCGAGGAGGUUUUUCCGGCGAGCUUUUCCUCCACCUUCUCCGGCGAAACAUAUAAGGGCUGUGUUGGCUAGGAGACAAGGGAAGAAGGAAACUGCGGCGAUACCGGAAGAUUCGGAGGAGGGUGCUGGUGAUUUGGACAAGAGAUUUGGAUUCUCAAAGGAUUUUAGUAGUAGGUUGGAGGUUGGAGAAGAAGUGGGUAGAGGGCAUUUUGGGUAUACUUGUUCUGCUAAGUUCAAGAAGGGUGAGUUUAAGGGUCAACAAGUUGCUGUAAAAGUUAUCUCUAAAGCAAAGAUGACAACAGCAAUUGCAAUUGAAGAUGUUAGAAGGGAGGUGAAAAUAUUGCGAGCUUUGAACGGUCAUAGUAAUUUGGUACAAUUUUAUGAUGCAUUUGAAGACCAAGAAAACGUCUACAUUGUAAUGGAGUUAUGUGAAGGGGGAGAGCUAUUAGAUAUGAUACUAUCAAGAGGAGGGAAAUAUACAGAAGACGAUGCAAAGGCUGUCAUGGUACAAAUACUAAAUGUCGUUGCAUUUUGUCAUCUUCAGGGUGUGGUGCACCGAGAUCUUAAACCUGAGAAUUUUUUGUACACUUCAAAGGAUGAAAGUUCCGAGUUAAAAGCUAUAGACUUUGGGUUAUCAGAUUUUGUCAGACCAGAUGAAAGGCUUAAUGACAUUGUUGGAAGUGCAUAUUAUGUGGCUCCUGAAGUUCUUCAUAGAUCUUACAGCACAGAGGCUGAUGUGUGGAGUAUAGGUGUGAUAGCAUAUAUUCUAUUAUGUGGCAGUCGUCCAUUUUGGGCUCGAACAGAGUCUGGUAUUUUUAGGGCAGUUUUGAAAGCUGAUCCAGGCUUCGAUGAAGCUCCCUGGCCAUCUUUAUCUUCAGAAGCAAAAGAUUUUGUCCAGCGCCUACUGAAUAAGGACCCUCGGAAGCGAAUAUCUGCUGCUCAGGCUCUGAGUCAUCCUUGGAUACGUAAUUACAACGAUGUAAAAGUUCCGCUUGAUAUCUUAAUAUUUAAACUCAUGAAGACUUAUAUGAGAUCAUCAUCCUUGCGUAAGGCUGCCUUAAGGGCCUUAUCAAAGACAUUAACUGCUGACGAACUCUAUUAUCUGAGGGAACAAUAUGCACUGUUGGAACCAAGCAAAAAUGGGAGCAUAUCCUUGGAGAACAUUAACAAGGCCUUGAAGAAAUAUGCAACAGAUGCCAUGAAAGAGUCUCGUAUCACAGAUUUUCUUUCCUCGCUGAGUUCAUUACAAUAUAGAAGGAUGGACUUUGAAGAAUUCUGUGCUGCUGCACUAAGUGUGCACCAACUUGAAGCUCUUGAUCGUUGGGAACAACAUGCCCGUUGCGCAUAUGAACUUUUUGAAAAAGAUGGAAACAGGGCUAUUGUCAUUGAAGAACUUGCUUCAGAACUUGGACUUGGUCCGUCUAUUCCUGUUCAUGUUGUUCUUCAUGACUGGAUACGCCACACCGAUGGGAAGUUAAGCUUUCUCGGGUUUGUCAAAUUAUUGCACGGUGUAUCUAGCCGAAGCCUUCCAAAGGUUCAGUUAUGAUGUAAAGCACAGCUUGUGGAUAUGCCGAAUUUUCUCUGCCAUGUGGCUCAAUCAUAUUUGAAUCUGUGUCAAUCAUCUGAAGCUAUUGCAACUUGCAAACAUGACCCAUUAAAGUAUAGUUUCAUAAUGAAAUGCAAAAUGAUUCUUUUGAAGGUGCUCAAAUUGUAAAAUAGUCUACAGAACUUUGGCUUAAGAAAUUAAGAUAUGAAUCGUAGGUUUAGAAUUAGGUUUGUGUCGAUGGGUGGUAAUAAUUUAGUGUCACUUGUCUUAAUGAAUGCCUUUGUAUACACUUCAAAUUUGCAAGUCUUAUAAUUUAUACUCUUGUUUUUA